AUGACCGAAGCGAAUCCAGACGACGAUCACCGCCCGCUUUUCGACGCUCUGUACGUGACAAAGACGCUCAACAAACUGCGUUUGAGUGGGAAAACGCCUCGUGAGGCUGCAGCAGAACUCCAGAUUGAUCUGCGGGAGUUACAUGCGUUACAACAGGAUUUUGUUGCGAAACAGGCGAAGCAAAAUCUGUUGGACCGUCUAGCUCAGGUGGGUACACUAGAGGAGCUACAGGAGGCAGCGACAGCGGUGAGGAAGGCGCAGGUAGAAGCUGGUUAUGAGCUGGAAAACAGGGAGCUGCAGACUGCAGUGCGCGAGCGUAAGGACGCCCUUCAUCUAGUAGGACGACUCACUGAAGAGGUGGAGCGUGAGAAGAUUCGGUUGAUUGAGUACGAACGCUCUCGAGAAGCGCACGAGAGUGAACUGGCUCAGCUGAAUGACGUGUGGAAGGAGAUUCAAAAACGGAAUGCGCGUCGUAAGGCGGCGGUGCAGGUGGCGACUGGAGUUAUGAUUACGGAUGAGGAGGGUUGCAACUGCGUGUUGGACCAGCAGACACAAAGCAUUAAAGAGAUGCGGCAAAAACAGAAGCUGCUCGAGGACCAGAGAAUUGACGUAAGUACUCAGGUGAAGCGGACGACGCGAAUGAUCGAGAACUUAUUGAAGCAGAACGACAUGAGGAGUAAAGAUGCCGAUGUGAAACAGCGAGAACAGGACUACAUGGCACUCCAGCACAUGAAAAAAUGGUACGACCAUGUUCGAGGCAUCCAGGAAUCCCUCUCUGGACUGGAAAUCAUGAAAAUUGCUGACGAUCACAUUGAAGUACGGGUGUUGAAGUCGCAUUUGGUGAGGCUCUUUUGUGAUCCUGAAACCACUAGAUUGCAGCGAGUUCAGUUUCUGGCCUCCGAUGUGGAUGCUGCCGACCUCAUGGACACUGCCGUGCGCGAAAACAACAUUCAGUAUGUGUUGUGCGAGUACCGUGAACGCGUGCGCGAGCUCAUGGCACUGUAA